AUGACUGAUGAAAAAUUAAAGAAAACUAUUGCAGCUCCAACAUUUCAUACAUAUUCAUUGUGUAAGCAAUCUGAUAUGCCCGAAGAAGACAUGAAGCCAGAAGUUUUGGAAUUAUGCGUCACGGCUACGGAAAAAUAUGUAAAUAAUCAUGAACACGCAGCAAAAAUGAUAAAAGAAACGCUUGAUAGGAAAUUUGGACCACCUUUUCAAGUAAUUGUAGGUGAAUCUUAUGGAUUUUCAAUCAUUUAUCAAGAAAAAACUUUGCUUUACAUGUUUACUGGUGGCAAUAUUGCUAUCCUUAUUUGGCGAACAGUGAUAAAAUAA